AUGAUGCAGCUGGUGCGCCCGUGUCCAGGCGCUCCCACGACGAAGACGUCCACCGGAGCACCGAGACUGUUGGUGCUGUUGUUGCUCGCCGCGGCGACCUUAGCUGUCGUCGCGGCGGCUGCUUCUAACAGAGGGAUGCCUCCAAAAAAAAGAAAGCAAUGGAAUGCAGAAGCGAUGAAGAGGGCAGUAGAAGCAGUUAAGAACAAGGAAAUGGGAACUCUCAAGGCGUCUAAAGCAUUUGGCGUGCCCAAAAGCACACUGAUUGAUUAUGUAAUAAACUGGCUGAGGCACUUUAUUUUACACAUAAAACCUAGCGAAUCCGAACAAGUUGUCUUGAUAUUAGAUGGACACUAUUCUCAUUCAAGGAAUAUUGAUGUUAUCAACAUUGCCAGAGAUAAUUUCGUCCAUAUUAUCUGCCUACCUCCCCAUUCUACAAAUAAGUUACAACCACUCGAUGUCUCCUUUAUGUCACCUUUCAAAACUUAUUAUGCUGCUGAAAUUGAAACAUGGCUUAGAGCAAAUCCAGGGAGAGUUGUAACUUCUUAUCAAAUAUCGGAACUAAUGGGAAGAGCCUAUUUAAGAGCAGCGAGUUGUGAAAUUGCAGUGAAUGGUUUUAGAAAAUGUGGAAUAUUACCAUUCCAACCGACAAUUUUCCGAGAUGACGAAUUUGCCAUCCAUUCUUCAAAUGAAAGACAAUCAGUCGAAGGAGAUAAUGACGAAAAUCAGAUUGCUGUUUAUCCUGCUGUUGCUGAAAACUUAAGAAAAGAAAGAGAAACUACACCACCCAUUUCGACACCUAAGCUCGUUGUACCUCAGGAUAUUUGUCCUAUACCUAGCCUAAAGACAAAACAUCAGUCUCCAAGGCCAGGUUGUUCGGGUGAAGCUUCUAAAAAAGGAGAUAAACGUGGUUCAACAGCUAUCCUCACUCCUACGCCUUAUAAGACAGAUUUAGAAGAGAGCUUGAAAAAAAGAAAAAAGAUCACACCGAAAAAAGAUAGCCUGAAUCAAAAUAAAUCAAAACUAAAAAACGAGAAGGAAAAAGUUAACAAUAAAAAAUCGAUCCCAAAAGGAAAAAAAGGAAGAAAGAGGAAGAUAAGCUCAUCUAGCAGUUCUGAUAGUGAUGAAAUUCAAUUGGUAGACACGGAUGACGACAUGGACCAAGAUGAUGUCGAUGUGGAAUGCUUUUAUUGUUCCAACUGGUUCUCUGAAGAUAUUUCUGGAUCCAAGUGGGUCCAAUGCAUGAAGUGUCUGCAUUGGUGUCACGAAGAUUGCUCAGAUAUAGGCAAGGAGAAAUCAUGUAUUUGUGAAUUAUGUUUAGAUGGAUAA